AGAGUUUGCCAAAAUGGCCGAAGCCAGCGUUUGGAGUGAGGAUGAGUUCAGUUGUCCAAUCUGCCUGGAUCUGCUAAAGGAUGUGACAACUUUACCCUGUGGACAUAGUUUCUGUAUGGCUUGUAUCACAGACUGCUGGGAUCAACAGGAUCCAAAGCGAGUCUGCACCUGCCCACAGUGCAGACAGACCUUCUAUCCAAGACCAGUCCUGGGCAGAAACACAGUCCUGGCUGACGUGGUGGACAAGCUGAAGCGCCUGGGACUCAAGUCUACACCGGCGGUCCACUGCUAUGUUGGACCUGGAGACGUGGAGUGUGACGUCUGCUCUGGGAGAAAGCAGAAGGCUGUCAAGUCCUGUCUGACAUGCCUGGCAUCUUACUGUGAAACUCACCUCAGAGCUCAUAACGAUCUCAACCCAGGCACAAGACACAAAGUGAUUGAUACUGCUGGUAAAGUAGAAGAUCUCAUCUGUCCUGAUCAUGAUAAAUUGUUUGAGCUCUUCUGUCGCACUGAUCAGACAUGCAUAUGCAUGUUGUGUGUCAUGGAUACACACAGAGGACACGAUACAGUUUCAGUUGCAGCAGAGAGGACAGAGAAACAGCCAGAAGUGGGGGAAACUCAGAGAAAAUUCCAAAAGAUCAUCAAAGAAAAAGAAAGUCAUCUUCAAGACUUAGGAAGUGCUGUGAAAACGCUUCAAUGUUCUGCUGAUGCGGCAGUGGAGAACAGUGAGAGGAUCUUCACUGAGAUGAUGGACUCUAUUGAGAAAAGAUGCUCUGAGGUGACAAAGCUGAUCAGAGAUCAGGAGAGGGCUGAUGUGAGUCAUGCUGAAGAACUCAAGGAGACACUGGAACAGGAGAUCGCAGAGCUGAAGAUGAAACUGACUGAGCUGGAGCAGUUCUCACAAAGUGCAAAUAACAUCUAUUUUCUCAAGAGUUUCCAGUCUCUGUGUGCCUUCACUACAUCUGACAAUCCAUCUGCAUGCUCAGUGCGAACAGAUGUGCUUUUUGAGAGUGUGAGUGACAGCUGCUCAAUGCUCAAAGAGAAGCUGCAGCAUGAGCUCCACCAGGGACUGCAGGACAUAACUAAAACUGGUGAACGAAUCACCAUUUUUAGAACCGAGUCUGAGACAAAGCAGGAUUCCCUUGAAUAAGCCUAACAGAAAUGACACUCGACAGAUGAGAGAUUGUCUCAUGUUUGAUGCAAGCUGCAAUCAGCCUCAGGAUGGUCAAUCAAAACGCAGAAAAGAUGAAAUCCUCAUCGACUUCACCAAUGGAUCGCUGCAAGUGUCUAUAAAUGAAGCCACUAGUUUUCAGAGCCCGGCCCCCACACCAGUAGCUGGAGCCUCAAGUGGAUCUGGAUCUGGAGCCUUGAGAUCAGGUGAUAGGCCUGAACCAGGUGCUGAGGGUGGGCCUCCAGAACGGCGGCGGAGGGAUGAGAGUCCUGGUGCUACGGCCAUGAGGGCACCCUCACAGCACCAAAGACCCCCGACAGAUAAGCCUGAAACCACAAGACACCCAGAAGUGUCAAGACACGAGCACUGUUCCUCAACACAUGAGGCUACAUCCUCAACCCAUGAUACCAGAUCUCCAACACGUGAGGCUAGAUCCUCAACCCAUGAUACCAGAUCUCCAACACGUGAGGCUAGAUCCUCAACCCAUGAUACCAGAUCUCCAACACGUGAGGCUAGAUCCUCAACCCAUGAUACCAGAUCUCCAACACGUGAGGCUAGAUCCUCAACCCAUGAUACCAGAUCUCCAACACGUGAGGCUAGA